AUGGCGCUCCUUCGUCACGCUGCUGCGCCCCUGCGCUCCGUGCGCUGCCUCCGCACCACACCCACGACCGCCAGAUCUUUCUCCCUCACGACCCGACGACAAGGUGGCGGUGGCGGCCAGCAGUUCGACCCUCCGACCGGCUGGCUCUGGGGCGUGAAGCCUGGCGAGAAGCCCGAGCCCGAGGGCUGGGAAUGGCCCAUGUACAUCUUCUGCGGUAGCAUUGUGGUUACUGCCAUUGCAAUGGCGUACAAGCCCGACACAACUGUUUCUACCUGGGCCCUCGAGGAGGCGAGGAGGCGGUUAGAAGCCGAGGGCAUUCUGCCCGACCCAAGCUCAUCUGGCGACAACAAGAACUGA